GGUGGAUUUUUUUUUAUUUUGGCUGUAAUGGAGAUCAGAAUGGAGGCAAAGAAAUACCGCAAAUUGUUCGUUGGAGGUCUUAGUCGAGAAACAAAUGAAAUUUCAUUGAAGACUUACUUCGAACAAUGGGGUAAAGUGCUUGACUGUGUUGUUGUAAGAAAUCCAGCAACGGGGGUAUCAAAAGGUUUCAGUUUUCUUGUAUUUAAGGAAGCUUCCACUUUGGACGAAAUACAAUCCAGUCGGCCUCACAUCAUAGAUAAUCGAUGUGUAGAAACAAGGCGAGCCAUGCCGUAUUAUAAGAACCCUGGUGAAUUACGGAAUAUUAUGGAAAUUUAUGCUGGAAGAUUUAGGAAAGACAUUCGUGAAGAAGAGAUUUGGAAAGUUUUCUCCAAUUACGGCUCUGUACAAAAACUGGAGUGGGUAAUAAACCAUGCUGGUAAAUACACCGGCUUUGUCUUUCUCUGCUUUGACGACAUCGAUUCUGUGGAUAAAUGUGUUUUACACAGUAAAAUUCAAGUAGAUGGAAGACAAAUUGUUGUAACUCGUGCAACAAGAAAGAAGUUGUAUUCUAAAAAUACUACACCUAAAAAUCCCACGCUCCUUCCGUCAAGUUUUCUUCGUACUACUUACCAGCCAUAUCUUCCAAAUAAACCUGGUUCCUAUGUGAAUCCUGGAGAUGAAAGCAACCCCAAUUUUCAAUAUCAGUCACCACCAGAAGAUAAUUAUAACCCGCAAACAGAUAAUAUACAGAGUAAUCCCUCUUAUCUACCACUGUUUUAUCCACAAAAUUUUCAUUACUUAACUCCAAAGAUUCCAUUUGUCGCUACUCCUUAUAGUAAUCAAAGUCAUGACAGUAAUCUCGAUUAUUUUACUGAGCAGCAGGAAUAUUCUGCGAUUGACCAUUACCCUAUGAAUUGGAACGAUACGUUUUUUUGCCGGUUACCCGGUGGUUAUUAAUAGUUGGGUCGAUUUAUAGCACGCUUAACAUUUAGAGAUUUAAAAAUGAAAAUAAUUACAAUAAACCUGGAGAUUUCUCUCAGAUUUUGUAAUUGAUGGAGGAUCACUUGACAACUGUUGAAAAUUACCAUUAUUUAACGCUAAAAAUCGAUAGAUUGAUUCACCAUCUCGAUCAAUGACUACUAAUGUCAAACGUAUCACGUUGUCCUGCUUGGAUUUAUUAACUUUACACACUUCAUCACUUACAUUUAUAAAUAUCUUUACCAAAUAUCCACUUUUCUUCACCUUGUACUGGUUUCAAAUAUAUUUUGUCAUAAAAAGAAAAGCAGGUUGGUUAACCAGGUUUUACAACUUCUGCUACAACCUUAAAGUUUGACAUCGGGAGAUCCGAUCAUUAAUUUUUAAUUUAAUUUUGUUGGCAGCUUUUGUAGAUUCAAUAUUUUAUUAAUUCUAUAUAAACAGUUAGCCUUUCUAAUGCAAUUUAAAUUGA